AUGACAAUAGCCCCCGUGCUCGUCGCCGCCGAGCCUGCGGCACGCCCGGACGACGAUAAAGACCUGCAGAACUGGUCCUCGCUCAUAGGCAUCAUCACCGCAAUCGUUGGCAAUGUCCUCAUCGCCCUCGCCCUCAAUGUCCAGCGUUACGCUCACCUUCGACUCCACCGAGAGCGCAUCCGCGUCCGGCGGCGAGCGAGAGAGGCCCUGAAACAUGCGCCGGGCGGAGUCCAGACAGGGCCGUACGGCACUGUUGGCGGUGGAGAAGCAGGAGACACGGAUGAGAGCAGUGACGGCGUCAACCACCACGCGGGCGACGAUGGCGACGACUCCACGCCUUUGACGAGAUCCUUCCGCUCCGAGGAGUCCGCUGGUUCCGACUACUCCGGCGACGACGACAAAACCCCUUCCACGUACCUCAAGUCGCCCUACUGGUGGGCUGGCCAGAUCCUCAUCACCCUUGGCGAGCUGGGCAACUUUUUGGCCUAUGGUUUCGCGCCCGCCUCCAUCGUCUCCCCUUUGGGAGUUGUCGCGCUGAUAUCCAACUGUGUCAUCGCGCCGAUCUUAUUCAAGGAGAAGUUCAGGCAGCGCGACUUCUGGGGUGUCAUCAUCGCUGUCGCCGGAGUUGUUGUUGUCGUUCUGAGCGCCAAGCAGGAGGAGACGAAACUCGACCCCGGCGCUGUGUGGGACGCGAUCACGACAUUGGCCUUCGAAAUAUACCUUGCGGUGACGAUAUCCUUGAUUGUUGUCCUCAUGUGGGCGAGCCCAAGAUACGGCCAUCGGACUAUUUUGAUUGACCUUGGUCUCGUGGGACUCUUUGGUGGCUUCACAGCUCUGUCCACCAAGGGCGUGUCCUCAAUUCUGUCGACCACCCUCCUGGGCGCAUUCAAAACCCCGGUUGCAUGGGCGCUACUCUUCAUACUUCUCUUCACUGCGGUCAUGCAGGUGCGCUACGUCAACAAGGCGCUGCAGAGGUUCAGCUCGACGCAGGUCAUUCCCAUUCAGUUUGUUCUGUUCACGCUCUGCGUCAUCGUUGGCAGUGCCGUUCUGUAUCGUGACUUCGAGAGGACAACCGCCGAACAGGCAGGCAAGUUUGUCGGGGGUUGCCUGCUCACUUUUUUUGGUGUCUUCCUCAUCACCAACGGUCGUGUCGAGGAAGAUGUCGAGGAUGGCAUGUCCGACACUGAUGGCGUCGAGGAGACGAUCGGCUUGGCCGAGCAAGACGGUUACAGCCCCACGCAGCCACUGGCGCCUUCAUCCAUCUCAGUCCCAUCCUCGAGAUCUCGCCGCUCCUCUCGGGCUUCCAACGCAGGGCAUCUAAACAAUGGGUCGAAACAGUUCAGUAUGCAGCACGACUCGGGAUUCCCCACACUUCGCGUUCCCGCAGCUGCGUCGACGGGCAACCUUCCUAGCUCGGAGGUGGAACCACUGCUGGCCAACCCUUGGAGCAACUCCGCAGAUGAUAUUACCCCCCCGCCUGGGACGAGGACGAUAUCCGACGACUCUAUUCACACGUUCCCUGGCUUCGGCUCCCCGCCGUCGGAGCCAGCAACGCCAUACUACGACGGCCAACUGCAGCCCAAGUAUCCCAUAGAUACCAGACCCGUCACACCGCGCACAUCGUUGCCAAACAGACCUCACAGCCACCAAUAUCCAGGCCCUAUCUUCUCCCCAUCCCCACUCUCAUCUACUGUGAGCGCCGUGGUCAAGGACACACUUCUUAGGAGCGCAGAAAAUCCGCUACUGCGUAGGCCUUCGGUGCGGAGGUUGCGCUCGAGCAUCAGGGCCAGUCUCUUCAUGCCCGAGAACAACGAGGGCCCGGACGGCGAUGCCGAGAGACAGGACCUCAUGGGUGGAGGGGUUGACUACGGAGACGGAGGCGUUGCUGAGCGUAGUCGGACAGCGGGCGAGGGCGCUUCCAGAGGGCCCCUGACGGGAAGACCCCGAAGCCUGAGCGACACACUAGGAGGGUUAUUCGGGUCGAAGAGAAACAGGAGGGAUGCCAACACCGACCCCGGAGCGAACUUAUAA